AUGACGCUGAUUACAAUAUUUCUCUAUUCUUCGCACGUCCUGAUUGCUGCUCGGCGAGUUCAUCUCUCAGGGCAGGCUUUGAGGUAUUAUUUCACUGUCGCCUACGUGAUCCUGAUUGGUGCUCCUUGGCUUGUUUUACAGCCCGGAGUGCAGUCAGUUGCACACAUGAAAAUGUGUGAAGUCUCUCAGUUCAUCUCAGUACUUGUUUUCUUGGACAGCAGAGUCCACAUUCCUGGUCAACUCAUACUGUGCAUUUCAGAGAUCUGUCGUCACAUUGUGACACAUGGCUGGGAGCAGACGCCACUGGCUCACACUGUGGUUGCUCAGCUAGUGUUUUCGGGCCUCGUCAUCACGGCCUCGAUAACGAUGGAGUCUCAACUACGUGCUCGCUUGUCGGCACAGCUUCAAAACGCUGAUGCCGAGUCCUUGAUCUCAAGCUUUCGAGUGCUGCUAAGAGGCAUUUCGGAUGCUGAGCUGCUGCUCAAUGGUAAAUUUGAGAUCCAAGCUGGCACUGGCCUGGAUCGAAUGCUUCUUUCAGGUAAGAAGACUUGGGAGGGCACUUCCUUCCAAGAAUUGCUGGCUGAGGACAGCGAGGACCCUUGUUGA